AGCCACGCAAUGUUCACGACAGUUGCACGCAACGUUAGAUGUAUAAUUAAUAUUUCGUUUGCAUGCAAUUCUGUUAUUUGAUGUCACUUUAAAGUUUCAGCAUCUGGCAGGAUACAUUAUUGAAAUAUCCAAAAAGAUACCGUGAUAAGUAACAGUUUAAACUUUACGUGCAGGUUUUUCUACAGUUAAUUGAAGUGCACAUAAAUUUGUGCAUGGUACGCUUUAUUAUAUUUAGAUCGACCUUGAAAUUGCUACUCUUGACCUUAUUAUACUGUAGUGUACAUGUACUGCACUACAAAACAGCUGACUUUUGUAAACAACAGUCUGACAGUAGCGAUAGUAUUCUAUGAGAGGAAGGAACAAAACUUACUAAUUGCAACACUUUUUUUUUGUUUGCUUUAAGCAUGUUAAGGUUGAAAGAUUUACUUCUAUUCUGGACAUAAGUUUAAAACAAUGCAGACGGAUUAUCAAGAUUUGUGGGUAGAAAUUAGAAUAUUGACAGUACAGUACAGUACUACAUAUUGUAAUAUAAUAUAAAAUUACACUUGUUACCAUAAGGCAGAUUACACUAUCUCCAUUUCACAAAUUGACCUGCUUCACAAAUUAUUAUGCAGGCAGAGGAGUGUAGUACAAUUAUAUAUACUUAGUGAUUAAAUCUAACACUUCACUUGAAGCAUAAUAAUGAGUUGAAACUUGUAAUGUAAAUUGAUAAAGAAUCUAUAAUUACUUUUCUUGGAUUAUAAAAAAAUACUGGAUACAAUGGGAAAAUCAGGUAAAGUUGAGAAGAGGUAUUUUUGGCAGAAAAAGAACACAGACCAAAAUGAUUUGCAGAACAAUGACUUGUUGCAUACAGAAGAAGAUAAAACUGAAGCUGUCAAGUCUAACAGUAAUCAAGAUGCUUUUGUACCUCCUGAUGGUGGAUGGGGCUGGAUUGUGUGCCUCACAUCUUUGUGGGCUAAUGGAACAGUGUUCGGUAUCAUAAAUACAUUUGGAAUUGUCUAUGUUCAAAUGCGUGAUCACUACAGUAAAGAUGAUCCAGAAGUUUCAUUGAAAACAGCUUUUGUUGGUUCAACAUGUACCGGGGUUACAUUUUUGAUGUGUACUGUAUCAAGCAUUAUGAGUGACCGAUUUGGAAUACGCAAGACUGCUGUAACUGGGGCGGUCCUUGCAACAAUUGGACUUAUUGCAACAGCCUUCAUACAAAAGCUGGAGUUACUAUAUGUAACAUACGGGCUCAUUCUUGGUGUGGGGUCUUCGAUGGUCUAUUCCCCAUCCCUUGUGAUUCUUGGACAUUAUUUCAGGAAACAUAUGGGGCUAGUCAACGGAAUAGUUUCAUUUGGUAGUUCUGUGUUCACCAUAGGAUUAACUAGGAUUUUACCAUAUCUUUUGUCAAAGGUGGACAUUAAGUACUGUUUUCUAUUCUUAGCAGGUCUUCAUUUUAUGUUAAUCAUAUUUUCGUUGUCGUGGAAACCAUUGUUUUUUAAAGAAGAUCAUCUUGCAGCUAUGACACUGUCUACAGAAAGUGUAUAUGAGCACUGUAAUGAUUGCUGUACAUGGACUAAAAAGUUCCUUAAUGUGAAAAUAUGGAAGAAUCGAGCGUAUGUUACAUGGGUUGUCUCCCUUGGUGUGGCGCUGUUUGGAUAUUUUGUUCCAUUUUUUCAUCUGCCAAAGUAUACAAAGGAUAAUUUCCCAGGUGAAGAUGGUAGCUGGUUGAUUCUAUGUCUCAGUAUAACGUCCGGUGUUAGUCGGAUCAUCUGCGGUAAACUGGCUGAUAUACCAUGGUUCAGUCGUAUCAGGAUGCAACAGCUGGCGUUCCUCGUUCUCGGCAUAUCUACAGUGUGUAUUCCAUUUGCUAAAACUUUUGGGGCACUGAUCGGGAUCAGUUUAAUAAUGGGUGUAUGUGACGGUGUGUUUGUGUGUCUACUUGGUCCUAUAGCAUUUGAUAUAGUCGGUCCAGGUGAGGCGUCACAAGCUAUAGGAUUCCUCCUGGGUAUAUUCAGUAUACCAUUCACUAUUGGACCACCUGUCGCAGGUCAGUUAUAUGACACAAUGGGCAACUACAACUUGGCAUUUCAUAUAGCUGGAGCGCCCCCUAUACUUGGAUCUAUAUUCAUGUUUCUAAUCCCUACAGUGGAGCAGAGUUUCCCAGCAGUUACAGAGACUAUGGAGUUUGCAUCUAUGUCUGUCGUGGAUAUAUAUGAUGCUGUAAAAGUGCCAUCAAAGCCAGUAGUAAAGGAUUCGAAAAAUAACGUUCCUUCUGGCCCGUCAACAGAAAUCCAGAUUUUGACAUCGCAGGAGUUAAUCUACCCUGACAAACAAGGAGGUCCUGAUGAAGAAAAUCACCAUGGAGAUAGUUUACAUGACGAACCUCAUGUGAAAUUUUCUGAUGUGAAGGUAUAUGACUCUGAUAUAGAUGAAGAUAUAGUCAAAGACAACGAGGAAGAUAUUGAGAAUCAGUCUGAAAAUACCAAUGCAAAUUCCAACGAUACUGAAGCUGAAGGUGUAGCAGAGAGAGAGGAAGUUGUAAAUGAAGAGACAACUCUUCUGAAUGAAGUUAGUAAACUUUUACAUUCUAGAGUGACUUUUGACAGCAACGAGCAGACAACAUUAUAA